GUGGGCGUGUCAUACAGGGCUCGGCGUGUGUGUGUAUCUCUGUUAGUGCAGCUGUAGUAUUUACAGCCCACUGCCCUUCCUACGAGAAUGCAGUUAUUGUCAUUUACAUUGUCUCCCAAAGGUUGCUUUAUAGCAACAGCUCCGAUACUGUAAUCCUGGUGCGAUCUGUUGGGGUGCUUUGCGUUAGUGUCGUGCCCGCGCGGAGGAAAGAGUGCGCGCUCCGUUCACGCGAGUAAUGCCGUCUACGAUGGAGGGCUCAUCGGGGGAAGGUGACCUGUUUACCGUCAAACACGAGCUCAGAAACGCCAAUCUAACGGGUCAUGUGGAGCGUGUGGGCAUCGAGAACUUUGAGCUGCUGAAAGUGCUGGGAACAGGAGCCUACGGCAAGGUGUUCUUGGUUCGCAAAGUGAGCGGCCACGAUUCGGGCAAACUCUAUGCCAUGAAGGUGCUGAAAAAGGCAACUAUUGUGCAGAAGGCCAAGACGGCAGAACACACACGCACAGAGAGACAGGUCCUCGAGCAUAUCAGACAGUCUCCUUUUCUGGUCACACUCCAUUAUGCCUUCCAGACAGACACCAAACUGCAUCUCAUUCUAGACUAUGUGAACGGAGGUGAGCUCUUCACACACUUGGUCCAAAGGGUUCGCUUUAAAGAGCAAGAGGUUACCUUGUACAGCGGGGAGAUUGUACUAGCGCUGGAGCACUUGCAUAAGCUGGGAAUCGUCUACAGAGAUCUGAAACUUGAGAAUAUACUUCUUGAUUCAAAUGGUCACAUUGUGUUGACGGAUUUUGGUCUAAGUAAGGAAUUUCAUGAGGUAGAGAGGGCUUAUUCCAUCUGCGGCACUAUUGAGUACAUGGCCCCUGAGAUCGUAGCAGGAGGAGAAGGAGGACAUGACAAGGCGGUGGACUGGUGGAGCAUGGGAGUUCUGAUGUAUGAGCUGCUGACCGGAGGCUCUCCAUUCACUGUUGAUGGCGAUGAGAACUCACAUUCUGAUAUUGCAGAGAGAAUUAUGAAAAAAGAUCCUCCAUUCCCCAAAGACAUGGGGCCUCUGGCCAAAGACAUCAUCCAGCGACUGCUUAUUAAAGACCCAAAGAAGAGACUGGGCUCUGGCCCUUCAGGAGCCCAGAAUGUAAAAAAACAUCCAUUCUAUCAGAAAUUAAACUGGGAGGAUUUGGCUGCUAAGAAAGUUCGGGCUCCGUUUAAGCCUGUGAUUCGGGAUGAGCUGGAUGUGAGCAACUUUGCGGAGGAGUUUACUGAGAUGGACCCGACAUACUCGCCAGCAGCACUUCCAAACAACUGUGACCGCAUCUUCCAGGGCUAUUCCUUCAUGGCUCCCUCUAUCCUGUUCAAGAGGAACGCGGUGAUGGAUGACCCGGCUCAGCUGUGUGGUGGGUCAGAAAGGCCGGGCUCUGCUGCUGUUGCCCGUAGCGCUAUGAUGAAGGACUCUCCAUUCUACAUGAACUAUGAGAUGGACCUGAGGCAUAAUGCUCUGGGAGAGGGAAGCUUCUCCAUCUGCAGGCAGUGCACUCACAAGAAAACCGGACAGAAAUAUGCUGUAAAGAUCGUCAGUAAAAGAAUGGAGGCCCAGACGCAGAAAGAGAUCGCAGCUCUGAAACUGUGUGAUGGACACCCCAACAUAGUAAAGCUACAUGAGAUCUACCAUGAUCAGCUGCACACAUAUCUUGUCCUGGAACUCUUGCGAGGUGGUGAGCUUCUGGAGCGGAUCAGAAGGAAGCAACUCUUCAGCGAGACCGAGGCCAGUCGCAUCAUGCGCAGACUGGUGUCUGCCGUCAGCCACAUGCAUGACGUCGGCGUGGUGCACAGGGACCUCAAACCAGAGAAUUUGCUCUUCACUGAUGACACUGAGAAUUCGGAGAUCAAAAUUAUUGACUUUGGUUUUGCACGGCUCAAACCUCCUGACAAUCAGCUCCUGAAGACCCCCUGCUUCACUCUUCAGUAUGCCGCACCAGAAAUCCUCAAAUACAGUGGUUACGACGAGUCCUGCGACCUCUGGAGUUUAGGAGUCAUUUUGUACACCAUGCUAUCUGGACAGGUCCCGUUUCAGUGUCAGGGGAAGAGCUUAAUGCACACCAGUGCAGAGGAGAUCAUGAGGAAGAUCAAACAAGGAGACUUCUCUUUCGAAGGUGAAGCUUGGAGAAAUGUGUCCAGUCAGGCCAAAGAUCUAAUACAAGAGCUGCUGACGGUGGACCCUGACAAGCGGAUAAAGAUGUGUGGCUUACGCUAUAAUACCUGGCUACAAGAUGACAGUCAGCUGUCCUCCAACCCACUUAUGACUCCUGACAUUCUGGGAUCUUCUACCAUAUCAGUGCACUCCUGUGUCAAAGCCACCUUCAAUGCCUUUAAUAAGUGCAAGCGGGAGGGUUUCCGACUCCAGACGGUUGACAAGGCUCCUCUGGCCAAGCGCAGGAAGAUGAAGAAGACCAGCACCAGCACAGACACUCGCAGCAGCUCCAGUGAAAGCACACACUCCUCAUCCUCUUCCUCCCAGUCUCAGGAUAAGACGCCAACAGACGGAGAGAUGGCCAACCUUCCCCAGGCUCCUGUAAGCACACCACUCACUUUGGGCCCUGACGACGAGCCCUCACAGGGCGAACCCCAACCUGCCUUCACUUUUACACAGUGACCCUGAUUGGGAGACCAUCAGGAUAAGCUGUAAUUCUCAUUCUUACUACUUAUGCUCUGACGGCUGUGCAACUCAAGAAUUUGCAUGUGAGGACCAACUCAAUUUCAUCACUAGCAAUAGAUACACACCAUGAGAACUGUAGAUGGAGAUGGAGUGACUUUUGGCUCAAGUCCCGCAUGGCUAAACCUCACUGCAUCCAGUCAAGGAUAGAAAACUUCACUUCAAGGAGCGUCAAGACCUUCGAUUGAAGGAAAUAGAAGCAAAGUCUGCUUGUUCAGUGCCAUGACUAACUAGAUACUUUGCUUAAGGGUAAAAAGAAAAAUAUAUAUAUGUAUUUUAAAUAGACUAUAUUUAGGAGGAGAUUUAUUGUUUAUAUGGACUUGUCUGAAAUUUGGUAUAUAAUAGAUAGUUGGUAUAUUUAGGAUAUACCAGUUUACUGUAUGAUAGCUCCCAUUGUGCUGGGGAGCUUUCUGAUAUUGACUCACAUAUCUAACUUUAAUAUUUGACUUCUUCCAUCAGAGUAGCAACAGUUGGGUGUUAUAGUUUAUGUGCGAGCAUUUUACAGUAUAACUCUUGACAAGGUAGAGGAAAGUUUCAUAUUUACGCUAUUAGAAUUUUCGGUUGAGAGAUUUUCCUCAGGUUAUUUAUUUUUUCUUUUAAACUUUAACACAUUUUCAAGGAGUGGAAGAUAUUAGUUGAUGGUUUGGUCUUGCCCUUUGGAAUAUCUUGGACAAAAUACAAUCAUUUCUGCAUAGUUGGGAAUUUUGCGAAGGUGCAGGACAAUUUCCAGUGCAUGUUUUGCAUCGGGUGUUAGUUUUUAACACAAACUUGGUGUCUUCUAACAGGAAAGUUUAAUAUAGAUUUUAAGGGAGCAUUGCUUCAUGCACUGUUUACAGUUUUGCAAUGAGAUUUCGCUACUGUGAUUGCACCUUAAAUGAGAGAAGAUAUUGCAUAUUGUUUUACGUGACCGCAAGUUUAGGCUGAGCAUGAAUCUGCCUAUAGAAGUUUAAAGUCAACUUGAAAUCAGUGUAGACUCGCAUUAUACUGUUGUACAAAAAAGAAAUUCUUCCCCUGCAAUGACUGCUUUUCCAGUGAGGCCGUGCAGGCUGCGGAUAAUUCUAACCAUUAGAUAAAUGGCUGUAGUUUUAGCAAAUUUACAAUCAUGCUGGCUGCAUUCUAGUAUAUAACUCUCCCUAAAUAUGGGACACUUCCCCCUUCGUUUUUUCUCUGUCUUGUUUUUCUUUAAAAAAGUAUUGCAUUAGAGGAAGAAGACUGUGUUGCAAUUCACGUUGACUUUAAACUAAGUGCCUGCAAAGUCUAACGACACUCUUAUCUUAUGUAAGAUAACCAUGACUGUGGGCCACAUUUUAACCUGAAAAUGAGCUAAAAGACUGCUGUGGCUUCCUGUCUAAUGGUGGCAUGUUGUCUGUUUUGGUCCUGUGUAGAUGACUGAUGCUUUAAGAUGGGCUGUGGUAGAGCUUGCGGUGUUUAAAGUGAUGUGCUUGUAUUUUUCUUGUCUUCGUACAGUCAUCUGUUUUGCAAGCCUUGGAGCUUUUGAGACUCUGAGCUAAAGUUUAAGAUUAUUGAAGCCAGACCAAAGUCCAUGGGCAUUUUUACACCUGUAGAUUUUUUGCUUCGUUCUGAACAUUUCCCCUUGGUUCAGCUCACUUUCACAAGGCAGCAUCUCUAAAUGGACCAAAGUUUGCUUACGCAAGCCACAUGUGCUUUCAUUGGUUAGACUGCUCCUGCACCUGUUUAUGUGUUUAGAAUGAAUUUGUCAUUCAUCAUAAUGGACAGACGACAGGCUUAUUGUGGCUUGUUUUUAGCUGAUGUUAUGUGCAUAAUCAUUGUGUGCAAGAGGCAAGGUUUGUUUUUGUUAUGCGAUCUGGAUUUUAUUUAAUUUAGACCUUUGACCUGUCUUUGCACCAGGUUUACCAACCAUUCAUUUUGAGAGGCAUUAGGAAAACUUGCACAGUGUACGUAAUUCGUCAAACAUUGUGAUAAAGACUGAUUUGUUGGUCUGUUGGGUCGGUUGCUUUCUCACUACAUUUUGGCUGUUUCCGAAACUGCAUACUACUCAGUAGGUACUGCAUUUGAAUUUAAACGUACUACCCGGCCGUUAUAAAAGUACGUUCUAUACAGUAUGAGUGUGAGUAGUAUGAAUAAAACUCGGGCGUACUACAUCCGACAUUUUGUCAUAUCAUGUGACCUACCCGCGUGAGUUGCGUCACUUCACUCCCAUUCAUGAAUUCUCUCGCGGGCAUCAUGGGGUAACGCAACCUGCAUUGAAUGCACACUUCAGAAUCUCCUCAGAAUUAGUAGGUCAUCCGGGUACUUCUCACGUACUGAUUUUCGAAUUCUAUGGAUUUUGGCAUACUACUUGGCUUGCAUACUGUUUUUAUCGUACUAUAUAGUAUGGAAAUAUGUGAUUUCAGACGCAGCCUUUUUAGGCAAUUUGGAAAUGAUUCGUUGGUGCAGAUUGUCAUGAUCAUGCUUGCCUAAAUGAAUUGAACUAAGGUAGUAAAAGCACCAGCUUUUUUAAAUAAAUGCUCCAAACUAGCUAGUUGUGAAACGCCAUAUAUCCAGGAGCAUUUUUGUACUUGGCCUGGACACAGAUUUGAAUGAGCUGGUCUCGUCUAGUCAUAGAAAAUAGGGCCUUGGAAUCUUAUGGUUUGUUUCCACCGAGUGGUACAGUUCUGUAAAGUAUGGUACAGUUCGCAGUUAUUUACAUCGUCAGAAGUUGUGAAUAGGACCAUAAUGGAGAACCUUACUUUACUAACUUUUUACCCCUGCAUUGGAAUACCAAGCACAAUAGUCUUGUAAUUGUGGAGCUAGUCUCACUUUAGAGAGAUUGCUAUGCACUUAGAUGCUUAUUGCUACUUUCUGACACACAGGUAAGCCUACCGUUAGCAGUGGAAACAAAUUUCUCUGUACUGUAUAAAUCAUACCUAUAGGUGAAAACAAGGCUUCAGUAAACUAUUUUUUUAGGGGGGCAGAAAUCCAAAAAUAGACCAACCAUUGUGCUAUUUCUCCCGCUUUAAAGAAGAUUUUUUUAAAGAAGAACAUUGAGUAUUAAACCCUCUACAUAGUUUAUCCAUACCAAUGAAGAACCUUUGCUUUUAAAGCCCAAAGUAUACAUGUUUUUGUACAGACAUUUUGAGUAGCCUUUCUAAAUAUUUUCCAUUUGAUGUGCACAUUAAUGGUUGUCUCUCAUCUAGGCAUGGGCCGGUAUAUGUUUCUGACGGUAGAAUAACCUUUAUUAAAAGCAUCAUGGUUUCGUGGUAUCACAGUAUUGUCUGGGUAAAAAAAAAAAAUGUUGUUCCCCCUAUUGAAGAAAGUACAUUUUGUAUUAGGAAACAUUUAUAAUAUUUUAUAGCAGUAAACAUGUCAGGCAAAAUAAUUAAGUUAAUCAUUGACUUCUACUCUCUGCAUUUGUUUCAAAAACACAGAUUUCUUUACAACAUAUUUUAAAAAACACAUUAAAAAACCCUCGCAUAUACCUUUAGGUACAUUAUAACAGACAAUUUGAGCAGUUUUAAAACCUUGACUUUUCCAAAACAAUGGUAAACCUUGAAAACAGUUAUCCUCACAUGCCUACUCUCAUCUAUGUAUGUUUUCAUUGCCACUGUAGUCUUCACGUGUUUUUAAGCUCUUCCGUUAAAGGGAUAUAAAUCUCUGUCAUCAUUUACUCACACUGGUUCCCAUCAACUUCCAUAGUUGGAAAAAAUACUAAGAAAGUAAUGGGUACCAUCAACUAGCGUUUUUAAAAAUAUAUCUUUUUUGUGUGAAGAAAACAGAUGAAAGAAACUAUUAAAGAUUUAAAAACACACUGUGGAAACCUUGUUGAAAAUUACUCAACAAAAAAGUAAUGCUUGUGCAAGCUGCAUUUGCAGAAAAUGGUCAGUGCAUGCACUAGUAUCUCGCACAUGGUAUAAUUUUGUCAUUAAGAAGGAUUAUAAAUGUUUGCGAAAAUUGUUCACAUGCAGUAUUGUAUGUCCUUCCAUGCAGCAUGCUUUGCAGACAUUACAAUGACACAGAGAAUAAAGUAUACUUGGGCCUUAAAAUGCUAAAUAUUUUAAAUAUUUUAGUACUCUGGGAUUAAGAGUGUACAACACUGUUGAGCUAUCUUCUUGGGUUUUGGUGUUUGUGUAGUUUGUGUUUUUUAGCCGAUGUUGGCAUUUCACCAUAGGAAAAAAAAGGUUUUAUCUUUGGCCUAAAGGACGCAUUACGCUAUAAUUGCUGACCCGGUGGCAUUCAUAUCUUGCAAGUACUACAAAACAAUUCUAAAGGCACUUGAACUACAUUGCUAUGCAAAAGUAAUUUCUUCUGUUCUUAUUUUUGUGUUUCUCUGAAAGACCUUUAUGCAUGUGUGUAUAUAUACAGUGCCUCAUAAGGGCGAACAUAACUGCCAUCUUAAGAGCCAGACGUAAGAUUUGGGUCUCUAAGUAAAUCAUGCAUUCCUCUUCCUGUGCACUAACCAAGACAAAACCAUCCUGUUAUUGAGCUUUUAAGUGGUGAGGGCUGGAUUGGGACCCAGCAGCGGGUACACACUCAAACACGCAUUAUCUGGUGCUCCUGCCCACUCGAACCCGGGCAAAGGACAAGAGCAAUAAGAACAGCAGGAGCUCGGUUCACUUUCAUGUGGCUGAAAGCCGCCGCAGUGUUCGGCCUCUUCCUCAUCACCGUUCUCCCUAAAGCUCCCUCAUUACUGCCUCCUCUUUUUUUGUUUGGGUGUAUUAUUAGAACGGGAACGAGGGGAGGCAGAGAGUCCUACAUUGAACUCUCCUCUGGGAGUGAGGAUUCAUUUGAUGAUUUGCCGUGCUGCUGUUUGUCCCAUUGGAUUUGUCCCAGUCGGAUAUGUUUUUGUUGGAGUUUAUUGCUUUUGUUUUGACUGUUAGGAGAUUAAAGGCCUGACAUGUGGGGUUUUGUUUUGCAUUUAUACCGAGCAUGUUAUAAGCAUCAGCCUUUAAACUGAACGCAGUCCUUUGAUCUGCGCACACUGUUUUUGGUGCUCUAUUUUAGUGCUUGUAAUUUGUGUCGUCUGGUUGUGAAAUGACCCCGAGGGGCCUCUGUGUGAUAACAGCAGUUGUGAGCUGCUCGUCUGCUUUCUGAGGUGGGCUGAUUAGACUUUUUUUUUAAGAUUCA